AGAAGCAAGAAUCAAUAGGAAUCCACAUAUGAUAGAUAGCUCUCAAAAGAGAAUUGGGAAAUAUUGUAAUAAAUAACAUCAAAGAGAGAUCUAGAGAGAGAGAGAGUGCAUAUUUGGUAACCUCAUUCACAAAUUGAGGCCAAAAAAGAGAGAGAGAAAUAAAAAAAAGGGUUUUAUUUUUUAUUUUUUAUUUUAAUAGAGUUCUUGUUUAGCCUCUCUAAAACAGUGUCUUAAAUGAGAAUUUUUUGGUGUGUGUAUGAUUAUUCAUCUAAUUUGCAAGCUCAAUAUUCAAAACUCAGCUUGCUUUGUUCAUGCCAGAACCAAAGCCCUCAAAUCCAAGGAAGCCCUGGUAUCAAAGAGCAAUGGAAAUAGUGGGAACUCAAUGGAAAACAAGUCCAAAAUCAAGAGAAAUGACAAAUAUUCCAACAACAAAUGGGACAAUGAAUUCAAAGGGCAAUGAAUUCUCAAGAAUUGGAAAUAAUAACAAUUCCAAUAACAGCAACAAUAUUAAUAAUAAGUACAACAAAAUGAGAAAAUGCACUUCUCUAAAGAUAGCAACUUCAUUUACAAGAGUAUGUCUUUGUGCACCAAUCUCUUCUUACAAUGAAAUUUUUCAACAAGCUGAAAUUCCACCAAGGAGAAGCCAUAGCUAUCCAAGAUCUAAGCCUUUUCCAACCAACAAUGCCAAUCAUAUCACACAUGAAAGAGUACUUCUUCCAACUGCAAGACUUAGCGGCGAAAGUAGUAGACGGUUUUUUCGAGGAAAGUCGCUCACCGACGACGUUUUGAUGCGGAGAUUUGUCGUCGAAGAAGAGGCAAUGAUGCAAGUGAGGAGGAGAAAUCAAAUGGAAGUUAUAAGGAAAAGGAAUUUGAUGAGAAGGAAGAAGCUUGGACCAAGCCCUCUAAGCAAAAUGAUCAUAGCUGAGGAAGAACAAUGACAUACAUAUAAUAUAUACCCUCAAAAUUGUUGUUUAAUUUACUUCUUAUGUCAAGACUUGUAAAGUUUUGAAGUUUCUCUCUUUCCUUUUUUUUCAAAAUUUUGCUAGUAAUGCAUUUGUGCAAUUAAGGGGUUGCAUUGUAGCACUUUUUGUCCAAGUUUUGCUAUUAUAUAUAA